CCCGGCCCCGGCUCCUCCUCCUCCUCUUCUCGCCAUUGCAGUUGGGACUCGGCAGCCCGGUGCGCACCGCGUGGCUUUUAGCGGGGGAGACCCCGGCAGGCUGUCGCAGGAGGGCGGCGGCGGCGGCUGCGGUCGGGGAAGGGGACGCCGACAAGGGGGCAUGAUGGAUCAGCAAGAAAGCAUCACUUUCCGUGAUAAGCCUACAUUUUCUGGACUCAGAUAGUUGAAGUAUUGAUAACACCAAGGAAAUCUGUCACAAUUUGAAAAGAUAAGCAAAAAUUUGAUUUCCAGACACUACAGAAAAAGAAGUAAAAAUGGCUUUGUGUCAUCAUCACAUCGUCACAAGAAGAAGAGGAAAGCGUCCAGUGCGAAUUUUUGUGAAUGAUGAUCGCCACGUGAUGGCAAAGCAUUCGUCCGUUUAUCCGACCCAAGAGGAGCUGGAGGCGGUGCAGAACAUGGUGUCGCACACGGAACGGGCUCUCAAAGCCGUAUCCGACUGGAUCGAUGAGCAGGAGAAAGGCAGCGGCGAGCAUGCCGAGUCGGAGAGCAUGGAUGCACCCCCGGAGGAUGAGAGCAAAGAAGGCGCCGGGGAGCAGAAGACGGAGCACAUGACCAGAACCCUGCGUGGGGUGAUGCGUGUUGGCCUCGUGGCCAAGGGCCUGCUGCUCAAGGGGGACUUGGACCUCGAGCUGGUGCUGCUGUGCAAGGAGAAGCCCACGACCGCCCUCCUGGACAAAGUGGCCGACAACCUGGCCAUCCAGCUCGCUGCUGUCACAGAAGACAAGUACGAAAUCCUCCAGUCUGUCGAUGACGCUGCGAUUGUGAUAAAAAAUACGAAAGAGCCUCCAUUGUCCCUGACCAUCCACCUGACGUCCCCUGUUGUCAGAGAAGAAAUGGAGAAGGUGUUAGCUGGAGAAGCGCCCUCAGUCAACGACCCCCCGGACGUUCUGGACAGGCACAAAUGCCUUGCUGCCUUGGCGUCCCUCCGACACGCCAAGUGGUUCCAGGCCAGAGCCAACGGGCUGAAGUCGUGUGUCAUUGUCAUCCGGGUCCUGAGGGACCUGUGCACCCGUGUGCCCACCUGGGGUCCCCUCAGAGGAUGGCCGCUCGAGCUGCUGUGCGAGAAGUCCAUCGGCACGGCCAACAGGCCCAUGGGCGCCGGCGAGGCCCUGCGCAGAGUGCUGGAGUGCCUGGCCUCGGGCAUCGUGAUGCCAGAUGGUUCUGGCAUUUAUGACCCUUGUGAAAAAGAAGCCACUGAUGCUAUUGGGCAUCUAGACAGACAGCAACGGGAAGAUAUCACACAGAGUGCGCAGCAUGCUCUGCGACUUGCUGCGUUUGGCCAGCUCCAUAAAGUCCUGGGGAUGGACCCUCUGCCUUCUAAGAUGCCCAAGAAACCAAAGAAUGAAACUCCAGUGGACUACACGGUUCAAAUCCCCCCCAGUACCACCUACGCCAUUACGCCCAUGAAGCGCCCGAUGGAGGAGGACGGGGAGGAGAAGUCGCCCAGCAAAAAGAAGAAGAAGAUCCAGAAGAAAGAGGAGAAGGCAGAGCCGCCCCAGGCGAUGAACGCCUUGAUGAGGCUCAACCAGCUGAAGCCGGGGCUGCAGUACAAACUGGUUUCCCAGACUGGGCCGGUGCACGCGCCCAUCUUCACCAUGUCUGUGGAGGUGGACGGCAACUCGUUCGAGGCCUCGGGCCCGUCCAAAAAGACCGCCAAGCUGCACGUGGCCGUCAAGGUGCUGCAGGACAUGGGCUUGCCCACUGGUGCCGAGGGCAGGGACUCCAGCAAGGGCGAGGACUCGGCCGAGGAGACGGAGGCGAAGCCGGCCGUGGUGGCCCCGCCCCCUGUGGUGGAGACCGUCUCUACCCCCAGCGCGGCCUUCCCCUCAGAUCCCACCGCUGAGAACGUAAAACAGCAGGGGCCGAUCCUCACUAAGCAUGGCAAGAACCCAGUCAUGGAGCUGAACGAGAAGAGGCGGGGCCUCAAGUACGAGCUCAUCUCGGAGACCGGGGGCAGCCACGACAAGCGCUUUGUCAUGGAGGUCGAGGUGGAUGGGCAGAAAUUUCAAGGUGCUGGCUCGAACAAAAAGGUGGCCAAAGCGUAUGCUGCCCUGGCUGCACUCGAGAAGCUGUUCCCCGACGCCCCGCUCUCCCUCGAGGCCAACAAGAAGAAGAGGGCCCCUGUGCCUGUCAGAGGUGGACCCAAGUUUGCUGCUAAGCCUCAUAACCCUGGGUUUGGCAUGGGGGGCCCCAUGCACAACGAAGUGCCCCCGCCCCCAAACCUCCGAGGGCGGGGCAGAGGAGGGAACAUCCGCAGUCGAGGGAGAGGGAGAGGAUUCGGUGGCGCCAACCACGGAGGCUACAUGAAUGCUGGCGCCGGGUAUGGCAGCUACGGGUAUGGAGGCAACUCGGCGACCGCCGGCUACAGUCAGUUCUACAGCAAUGGAGGGCAUUCUGGGAAUGCCGGUGGUGGCGGCGGUGGGGGCGGUGGUGGCUCCUCGGGCUACGGCUCCUACUACCAAGGCGACAACUACAACUCACCGGUGCCCCCGAAACACGCUGGGAAGAAGCAGCCCCACGGGGGCCAGCAGAAGCCCUCUUAUGGCUCGGGCUACCAGUCGCACCAGGGCCAGCAGCAGCCCUACAACCAGAGCCAGUACAGCAACUACGGCCCGCCGCAGGGCAAGCAGAAGGGCUACAGCCACGGGCAGGGCAGCUACUCCUACUCCAACUCCUACAGCUCACCCGGGGGCGGCGGUGGCGCCGACUACAGCUACGAGAGCAAAUUCAACUACAGUGGGAGUGGAGGCCGAAGCGGCGGGAACAGCUACGGCUCAGGCGGGUCAUCCUACAACCCAGGGUCACACGGGGGCUACGGCAGUGGUUCUGGGGGCGGCUCGUCAUACCAAGGCAAACAAGGAGGCUACUCGUCACAGUCCAACUACACCUCACCCGGCUCCGGCCAGAGCUACAGCGGCCCCCCCAGCUCCUACCAGUCCUCACAGGGCGGCUACGGCAGGAACGCAGAGCACAGCAUGAGCUACCAGUACAGAUAAAGCCGUGGGCGCCUGCAUCUGUCUGUCUGCACUCACCCCGUUGGAAGAUCCAGUUUCACGCACCACAGUUAACAUGUCAGCCGGCCCCUCCGCCCCGCCCCGUCCACGUUGCCGUGUCGUGAGGUACAGCUGGCCACGCCCGUGGCCCGUCCUGUGACCCGUAUCUAGCCGUGUUUGGGACUCUGUGUCUUCAGUGGUCUGUUAGUGGCCAUUACCACUUUGUCUGAGUAGUUUUGAGUUCUCGCAGUUUGGUCUCCCUCUGUCUAUUUACACUUGGUGUUAGUGUUAACUCGGUUUGUCUCUAAAUAGUUCCGGAGGGGAUGCGUCAUCUCUUCCUGCUUUUGUGAAGUGAGUUCAACAGCUUUCUGUAUUUUAAUGCUUUAGUGUUUCAGUUUUAUAAGUGAAGAUUUUAUUUUAAAAACCAGUGGGAAAGAGUGGGGUUUUGUAUGUCUGGAUCAUUCAGGCAGUACAUCUGAAUUCAGCUGAAUGUAGAUGAAUAAAGAGAAACAAAACUCUGCGCCCGUCGUAGGCCUGGGUGUCUGACCCGCCAGCAGUGCGACAGGCAGGUUCCUCCACUCUGUUCCCAGCCCAGGAAAGCAGGGUGGGGUGGCAGGAUGGUCCCUGGUCACCAGAGCAGGCCCAGCGCCGGGCCUGUGGACGCCUUUCCUCCGAGGUUGGCCAGGCUGGCACCCGGUCCUGGGGUCUUAGGGCUGUGGUACCCAGUGGGCUCCCCGGGUCAGCGCAGCGGCUCCCGGCGGCCCACGCUGCUGCGCCGGGGGGCUCGCACUGUUCAGCGUGCCUGGCUUGCUGCUCCCUGAAUCCUGGGGUAGUUUUCAGUGCAGUUUCACAUCACCAUGGAGUAAAAUGUCGUCGUGGGUUUGGUACCUGUCACCUAACUUGAAAAUGGCCAGUUGCGUCUGGCUGAAGUCCUGGAUCUGGGAGAGCCCGGCUGCAGAACCAUUGACGCUGGACCGGCGUGCCAGCCCUCCUGGGCGCCCACCGCGGCUCGCGGUGUGCAGCUGGGGCUCUGCUCGGCCCUGCCCGGUUCCAGUGGGCUUCCCUGGAGCAGUGCUUCUCCAUCCUGGACAGCUGGGCGGCGUUCGGGAGAUGUUUGUCAUCUAGCGGGCAGAGGCCAGGAUGCUGCCCACGUCUACGCUUCAGUCAGCGGGGCGGAGGCGGAGGGCCCUCCCCGGCAGCCCCUAUCGGCUUGGCCCAGCCCGGGUGGAGGGCGGCACCUUCGCAGGGCCUCCCUGUUCGGUGCUUCUCCGUCCUCUGGCCGCCCGCUGGCCUCCUGGGCCUGGUUCACCACGGCCUUUUGGAGAGGUGGGAACCACUGACUCAGAAUCACACGGCUGAUGCAGAAAAUCCAGUGUGCCUUCAGAGGACGAGGAUUUGCUCUCUUGGAGGGGCAAAAGGUGUUGUUCUGCGCCAUAAAAGAGAGCGUUCAAGACUGGCUUGCUGCUGGAGCAGAGGAGGCCCCAGAUACCACCCAGUCCAGCCCAGGGAGAGAGGCCGUGUGGGGCUCAGCUGAGAGGUGACACGGUGCGAACGCUUGGCUCAGCCUGCAGUGCCCUGGGGUCCUUCCCUUCGGUGUGCCCCAGAGGAGACAGACGAGAGAGACCUGAGGGACGCAGCCCUGCCCUGACCUGGAUGGGCAGUGGCCAUGACCUGUCUCCUCUCCCGGACAUGUCCGGGGGCCAGGACAAAGACCCACUCGAGAUCCUUGGGACCUUGUGCUUGAGAUGAGAGGAUCCAGGCUGUGGAUGGACCUGCAGCCCUCAGAAACCCACGAGGACGAUGCCCUGGCCCACCUGCCAAACGUCUUCAGUCUCUACUGUGUUUUGAAAGCUCGUUUCCUCACCAUCAGUUUCCCAGGCAGCAACCUUCACACUCGGACUUCCGCAGGCAGACCCACCACGAGGGAGAAGACAGUGGAGACGCUGUCCCCGGCCUUCCGGAUGUGGAGACAAGUGCUCAGGGAGCCGGGCCUUGGGAGUCCCUGUCGUGAGGGAGGGCAGGGCCCCACGUGGCCUGUCUCUGAGUGGAUGCUGGAGUCACUCCUCGGGCCAGGACGACUGGUGUUGACCUGAGAGAUGGCCGCGGCCAAGGCCGCAGAGCAGCGUCCAGGGAGCAGCAUCCUUCCUGCCUGCCAGCGUCUGGCGGCUCCGGGCACGCCUCACUUGUGACAGCACCUCUCCAGAUCUGCCUCCGUCUGCUCACGGCCUCUCUGGGAGUCUCUGCGUCUCAGAUCUCCUUCCUUUUUCUGAAAACACCAGUCACUGGAUUUGGAGCCUGCCCGAUCCAGGAGGAGCUCGUCCCGAGAUCUGUAAUCACAUCUGUGAAGACCCUGCUUCCAAAUGGUGCCCCGUUCACAGGUGUCAGUGUUAGCACUGGGACACGCCUUUUUGGGGGGACAGUGUUUGGCCCACUGCAGGGCUGGGUGAGGGUUUUACUCCCAGUUGGAACCGCCCUGGGAGUUGGUCAGCCACAGGCAGGCUCCUCGUGGUUGGAUCUGGACGGCGCAGAGCCGGCAGUAUGGUGGGUCCCUGUCUCGAGGUGACAGUUUAUGAGCGCAGGUUGCCGGGCUUCUCACUGUGCUUGGGGACCUCCCUGGUGCUGGUGGAUAUGUGGUUCAGCUGGCCGGCAGCAGUAUCCCAGCCCUCAGGACCUGCCACCCAGGACACUGUGUUCAGGAAGAUGUGGCAGACACCUCGAGCCUGGAGAAGGCCUGGGUGCUGACAUGUCACCCAUUCAUGGCUGAGCGAGGCCUUCCCGGGCCAGGCCUGUGAUGAACAGCAGUGAUGCCGUGGCCCAUGUGCUGAUGGAGGAUGGUGUCCUGUGACUUUGUCGCCAGCAGAGAUCACCAGGAGUGUCAGCAGGAAGGACCAGCGGCCCACACACUUACUGAGCAAGCUGAUCAGGACAGGGUACUUGGGGAUAGGCCCUGGGGGUCAGUGACCUGGGACUGGACACUCCACCCGGAGGGCUCAGGAUCCCUUUGGAGGGGAGAAAGUCUUCUUGACUUGGGAGGACAGCUGGAUAUGCGCAUGGUGGGCUGAGGUGACGUCAGAGGGAGGGGCAUGGCCUUGCAGGGAAUUUGGACUGAUCCCAGGGGGCAGUAUUGGGGAUUGGUGACCUAGGACCAAAGGGCACCUCAGAGCAGUAAAGAGGGGCACAGAUGCAGGAUUUCUCUAGGUUUAGCAGUGUCACUGGGGUCCAGUCUGACCUGGAAGUCACCAGCCGGCUGUGCGACUACCCUUCACCUGGGCAGGGGAACUUUCGCUCUCCCUUUCACCGCUGACCGUUGUGUAGUUGGCACGGCCUGCCCCGCCCCGAAGGACUCAGGCCUGGUCACCUAGGCCGCUCCUUUUGCAGGCCCGUCCUAGACCUCUGGACACGAUUUGGGGCAAGAAGGCAACCAGCCUUCUUGGCCCGGAUGCUCAUUCUAACCCAUCCCAGAAUAAAUGGAAACUUCAUGUGUUCAUUAUUUCGUUCA